GCCCCGGCUCCGGCUGCGGGCGGCUCCAGCGCGGCUCGGGCUCGGCCCGCCGGGGCAGUGCCGGGGAUGGCGGCGGCUCGGCGGGCGCGGGCGGGCGGCGGCGGCGCGGGGCCGGGGUUCGGGCGGGCGGCCGAGCCGGCGCCGGCGGUGCCGCAGGGGCUGCUGCGGCUGGCGCGGCGCAGCGGGCAGCUCAACCUGGCGGGACGCGGCCUCACCCACGUGCCCGAGCACGUGUGGAGGAUCAACCUGGACACUCCGGAGGAGGCGCAGCAGAACCUGUCCUUCGGCGCCGCCGAUCGCUGGUGGGAGCAGACGGACCUGACCAAGCUGAUCCUGGCCUCCAACAAGCUGCAGAGCCUCUCGGAGGACGUGCAGCUGCUGCCUGCCCUCACCACACUGGAUGUGCAUGACAAUCAGCUGACAUCACUUCCUUCUGCUUUAGGGCAACUUGAAAAUCUCCAGAAACUCGAUGUCAGCCACAACAAGCUGAGGAGCCUUCCCGAGGAGCUGCUGCAGCUGCCCCGCCUGAGGAGCCUCCUGGUGCAGCACAACGAGCUGAGCCAGCUGCCCGAGGGGCUGGGGCAGCUCCUCACCCUGGAGGAGCUGGAUGUGUCCAACAAUCAGCUCACAGCCAUCCCCAGCAGUUUUGCUCUGCUGGUGAACUUGGUGCGCCUCAACCUGGCCUGUAACCAGCUCAAGGAGCUGCCUGCAGAUCUCAGUGCCAUGAAAAGCUUGAGGCAACUGGAUUGUACCAAGAAUUACCUGGAAACAGUCCCUCCCAAAUUGGCAACCAUGGCAUCCCUGGAGCAGCUGUACCUGAGGAAGAACAAACUGUGCUCCUUGCCGGAGCUUCCCUCCUGCAAGCUGCUGAAGGAAUUACACGCUGGGGAGAAUCAGAUUGAGAUCCUGAAUGCAGAGAAUCUGAAGCAGCUGAGCUCCCUGUGCGUGCUGGAGCUCAGGGACAACAAGAUCAAGGCAGUGCCCGAGGAGAUCACGGUGCUGCAGAAGCUGGAGAGGCUCGACCUGGCCAACAAUGACAUCAGUAGGCUGCCCUACACCCUGGGGAACCUCCCUCAGCUGAAGUUCCUGGCGCUGGAGGGAAAUCCUUUGAGAACCAUUCGGAGAGACCUGCUGCAGAAAGGCACCCAGGAACUGCUGAAAUACCUGAGAAGCAAAAUCCAAGAUGAUGCAGCUGGCCCCGGUGAGGAGCCUUCUGUGACAGCCAUGACUCUUCCCAGCCAGUCCAAGGUCAACAUCCACGCCAUCACCACGCUGAAACUGUUGGAAUACAGUGACAAGCAGGCUGCCGAGAUCCCCGAGGCCGUGUUCGACGCCGUGGGCGCCAACCCCGUGGCCACCGUCAACUUCAGCAAGAACCAGCUCAGGGAGAUCCCCCCCAGGCUUGUGGAGCUGAAGGACUCCGUGUGUGAUGUCAGCCUGGCCUUCAACAGAAUCUCCUCCAUUUCCUCGGAGCUGUGCCUGCUGCACAAGCUGACACAUUUGGAUCUCAGAAACAAUGUUCUGACAGCCUUGCCUGAGGAAAUGGAGGCACUGAAGAGACUGCACACAAUAAAUCUUGCUUUUAAUAGGUUUAAGGAGUUUCCCAGUGUCCUGUAUCACCUCCCAGCCCUGGAGACCAUCCUGCUCAGCAACAACCAGGUGGGCUCCAUCGACCCCGUGCAGCUGAAGGGGCUGGACAAGCUGGGGACUCUGGACCUGCAGAACAACGACCUCCUGCAGGUGCCCCCAGAGCUGGGCAACUGUGAGAACCUCAGGAGCCUGCUGCUGGAGGGGAACCCGUUCCGCACGCCCCGCGCCGCCGUGCUGGCCAAGGGCACCGCGGCCGUGCUGGAGUACCUGCGGAGCCGCAUCCCCUCCUGAGCCUGAGCCUGGGCCUAGGCAUCCCCUGCUGGGCCUGGGCAUCUCCUGCUGGGCCUGGGCAUCUCCUGCUGGGCCUGGGCAUCCCCUUCUGAGCCCUGGGCAUCCCCUCCUGAGCCCUGGGCAUCCCCUG